AUGUAAUGCAAAGAGUCGGGAAUUUUAGAUUUCCAACACCCGCUGUACUCUGUGCAAACAACCAGGAGCUCACUCUGCACAAAGGAUAUGAAGAUACAAACAGUGUUUGGCUCUCUAAGCAACCCCGUCACAUGCAAGAAAACCUAGGCAACCCACAGCAGUUUACAUUUCCGUCUGUGAAGCUGAGGGUUUCCUGCGCUACCAGUGCAAAGUAACAUUGCAACCGGCCUCACACUACCGACGGCAAGGACGGCUCCACGAAGUGCUGGUAGGACAGGGAACCACUGCACUCCCAACAACAAGGAAACAUCCCCAUGGCUGGAAAGAAGAAAGAAAUAACACUACAGAUGACCAUCUUGAGCCAGGAGCAAUGGGAUGAAAUGUUGGCUAUUACUGGACUAACUGUGGUGGAUGUGUAUCAGGCUUGGUGUGGUCCAUGCAAGGCAGUCAUCAGUUUGUUUCGGAAGAUUAAAAAUGAACUAGGGGAUGAUCACUUGCAUUUUGCUGUGUUACAAGUUUUGUUUUACUUUAAUACAGUUACUACCAACAAAUCGUACACAGUAGCAAUCAUCAAACCUGAUGCCGUAGCUCAUGGGAAAGCAAAUGAAAUAAUAAUGAAGAUUCGGGAAGCAGGCUUCAAAAUUUUAGCUCAUGAAGAACGGACAUUAACCAAGGAAGACGCCCACGAUUUCUACCGACACAAAGCCGAAGAGGCUCAUUUUGAGGAGCUGAUUCAGUUCAUGUCUAGCGGUCCUUGUCAUAUUCUGAUCCUGUCCAGACCUGAAGGAACAGUUGAUGUCAUUCCACUGUGGAGAGAAUUUAUUGGUCCAACAGAUGUCGAAGUUGCAAAACAGGAGAAGCCUGAAAGUCUCCGAGCUCUGUACGGGACUGAACAUGUAUUCAAUGCAGUUCAUGGGAGUGAUGACAUGGACCACGCCAGUAGGGAGUUGGCCUUCUUCUUCCCCAGCUUUGGAAAAGCAUCUGAAGCCCAGAUUCCGAUUCAGCAAGAGGAGAGGGUUCAGAAAACACUCGCUCUAAUCAGGCCAGAUCUCUUAAAGGAGAGAAAAGAUGAUAUCCUGCGGAAGAUUGCAGAAGCUGGUUUUACGAUUGCCCUGCAGAAGGAGGUUGUACUCACAGAAAAACAAGUUUACGAAUUCUACAGUGAGCACACGCAGGAAGAAUACUUCCCAGUUCUUCUUCAGAACAUGACCAGUGGACCUGUGUUAGCCUUGGCUCUUGCUAGCAUGGACGCAGUUGAACGCUGGCGGAAUCUGCUGGGACCAAAGGAUGUGAAUCAGGCAAAGGAGGAAGAUCCUGAGAGCCUCAGAGCACAGUUUUCAAUAGAAACUGUUCCAAUUAACCAGCUGCAUGGUAGUGGAACACCCCAGGAAGCAGAAAAGGAGCUGAAGUUCUUCUUCUCAAUGGAGCACACACUGGCUGCUAUCAAACCUGAUACUCUGGAGGAGCAUCGAGAUGAGAUUAUACAGAAGAUUAAACAAGCAGGCUUCAUUAUAUCACAUAUGGAUGAAAAAACUCUAAGCAGGGAAAUGGCAGAAGAGUUCUAUAAGGAACACAAGGGCAAACCAUUCUUUGAACAACUGGUUGACUAUAUGUCUGAAGGUCCAUUAUUGAUGAUGAUUUUGAGUAAGGAGAAUGCAGUGGAAGAAUGGAGAAAUUUAAUGGGCCCCACAGACCCCGAGGAAGCCAAACAAACUGCACCAGACUCUCUACGAGCCAAGUUUGCAAAGAAUAUCCUGCAGAAUGCCUUGCACGGCAGCCCUGAUCAGCUCCAAGCUAUGGAAAAGAUCCAGUUUGUGUUUGGGGACAUCAACAUUGGAGCAGAUGGGGUUGUCCAAGGUAUUGAACCAGAUUUGGAGAAGGUGAUAUGUCCAGAAUCCAGGGAAGAGUCUGAAGGUGCAAAGCUGGAGACUGACCAAGUGGAGAGAAGAGAUGAGGCUACAGUAGAUAAUGAGAGCGCGCCCACUGACAGCUCACAGAGCACUGUGAAUGAGAGUUCACAGAGUCUAUUCUAUGAAGCAGCAGAGAAGGUGGACAGUGAUGAUUCACUGUUACCCUCUGAAACUGUGGAGAAAGCAGAAAAGACAACAGUAGAUAGUAAGACCCCUGUAGACUCAUCGACUAAUAGUUCACAAAGCACUGUGAAUGACAGUUCUCAGAGUCUAUCACACGAAGUGGCGGAGGAGAAGAAAGUCGAUGGUGAUGAUGAAGGAGCUGAGUGCGAGUAAGAGUCACUUUGAGGUAGAGAUCACGAUGCAAGUGAAAAAGGAGGAAAAUGCUAUAAGUAGCAGAGACAUAAGUUCAUUCUGUGUACAUACAACUGAAUUGGCCUAGUGCAUUCCAGAAUCUAACUUAUUGUAAGUUAACAAAGCUCACUGCUCCAGGAAAGACCAUCCAUGCUCAAUGUGAUUCCACAGAGUAAUAGUUUUUUGAGUGAGCUACUGGAGCCUGAUACGUGCCUGUGGAUCAAUAAUCCAGCAAAGACCUCAAGUAGAGACAGACAGGAAAAUGGCAAAAACCAAAAAUACUUCCACCAUCACAACGACAACAGGGUUAGCAAUGAAAAUUCUGUCUGAAGGCUGAUUGCAAAGAUGAUACAUUCUUGCAAUACAACAAUGGUAUUUCUGUGAAUCUAAAAUCACAUCAUUAAAAAAUGGAUUAAUUUGUUUUGCUACAUUCAAUGUUGUCAGACAUUCCAUUUGACUGAGAAG